CGAUUUCUCCCCCUCUUUAGGUCGCUCCUAUAAAAUCCAGAAACUAAACAAGGAGCGCUUCGAUCCCCCUUCGACUCCCAAAACUCAAACGAGGGCAAAGAAGAACGCCGACCGCAAAAGAAAUCAAAACGCCAUCGAAAUCAAUUAAGCGCCAAAAGAGGGGAAAAAAAAGAGAGAAGAGGAGUUUCAGAAACCCUAGCAACAGUGGCGAGGAAAAAAAGGAAAUCAGUGGAGGAAAUGGGGCGAAAUGGGCCGAAGAAGUCAAAAGGGGGCGGCGGCCAGCAGCAGGGCUCUGUGUCGGAGGCCACCCGUAUUCGAAUCGGCAAGAUUCUCGAGGAGUUUCGUGCUUCUGAUGCCCAAGUCCACACAUUUGAGCCUGGGAUGUCGAAACAAGAACGUGCUGCUGUUCACCAAAUGUGCCGUAAAAUGGGAAUGCUAUCAAAAAGUUCUGGGUAUGGGGAUCGACGCUGCCUUUCUGCGUACAAGACCAAGAAGAAUCAGAAAGCAAAUAAAGAUGAAGAAAUGGCUACUUGUCUGACAUUAUCUGAAGAGGCAAAAUAUGUGCUACAAGAUCUCUUCUCGUGUCACCCUCCUGAUGACGGAGAAUUGACUGAAGGUGCACUGGAGAAUCGUAGUGAGGCAGCUAGUAGAGUACGGAAACUAGAUUCUAGCUUUUGCAGGCCCAAAAUGCGCAAGGGUGAAAUUGCUAAGAAGGUGGAGCUGCUCGCAAAAAGAAUGAAUGGUGAUCCCCACUUAAGAAAGAUUGCGGAAAACCGAAGUAAACUUCCUAUUGCAUCCUUCAAGGAUGUCAUCACAGCGAAUUUAGAAACUCAUCAGGUUGUGCUAAUAGCAGGGGAGACUGGUUGCGGCAAAACUACUCAGGUCCCCCAGUAUAUCUUGGAUCAUAUCUGGGGUAAGGGUGAAACUUGCAAAAUUGUGUGCACACAACCAAGACGUAUAUCUGCUAUUUCAGUGGCUGAUCGAAUCUCUUACGAGAGAGGAGAAAAUGUUGGUGAUACCGUCGGAUAUAAGAUACGUCUGGAGUCUAAAGGAGGAAAACAAUCGUCAAUUAUGUUUUGCACAAAUGGGGUCCUUUUGAGGUUGUUAAUUAGCCGAGGCACAAAUGCAACGAAUGGAGAAACUGCAACCAAGCCGCUUACGGAUGGACUUCAGGGAAUAACCCAUGUUAUUGUGGAUGAAAUUCAUGAAAGGGACAGAUUUUCUGAUUUCAUGCUUGCAAUUUUCAGGGAUUUGCUGCCUGUAUGUCCUCAUGUGCGCCUGAUUCUCAUGAGUGCUACUAUUGAUGCUGAGCGGUUCUCUCAGUACUUUGGUGGCUGCCCUAUUAUUCAGGUCCCAGGAUUUACCCAUCCGGUCAAAUCUUUUUACUUGGAGGAUGUGCUAUCUAUAUUAAGAUCAGCAGAUGAUAACCAUGUGAAUCUUGCUGACUUAAGCAGUAUGGAGGACGUCACUUCGUUAACGGAAGAUUACAGAGCUGCUCUCGAUGAAUCAAUUGACUUGGCCUUAUCAAGUGAUGAAUAUGACCCUUUGCUGGAAUUAUUAUCCUCCAAGCAAACCUUGAAAGUGUACAACUACCAGCAUUCAUUAACUGGUAUAUCACCAUUGAUGGUGUUUUCUGGAAAAGGUCGGGUAGGGGAAGUUUGUAUGCUUCUUUCUUUCGGUGCCGACUGCUUUUUGACUGCCAAAGAUGGAAGCUCGGCAUUGGAUUGGGCUCAGAGAGAAAAUCAACAGCAGGUUUAUGAUAUAAUAAAAAAGCAUUUAGAGAAAGACUCAUCAAAAUUAGCUGAAGAGGAGGAGUUACUUGAGGAAUACCUAUCAAGUAUCAAUCCGGAACUUAUUGACACUGUACUCAUAGAACGCAUAGUUAAGAGAAUAUGUACUGACUCUAAGGAAGGGGCUAUUUUAGUGUUUCUUUCUGGAUGGGACGAUAUAAAUCAAACAAGAGAGAGGUUACUUGGUUCACCUUUUUUUGCAGAUAGCUCAAAGUUUAUUAUAUUUUCUCUCCAUUCUAUGAUUCCAUCUUCUGAGCAGAAGAAGGUCUUCAAACGUCCACCUUCUGGUGUUAGAAAAAUUAUCCUUUCGACCAACAUUGCUGAGACUGCUGUUACAAUUGAUGACGUUGUGUAUGUUAUAGAUAGUGGUAGGAUGAAGGAGAAAAGUUAUGAUCCUUAUAGCAAUGUAUCUACUCUUCAUUCCUCUUGGGUUUCAAAGGCUAGUGCAAGACAGCGUGAGGGCCGUGCUGGCCGUUGUCAACCAGGAACUUGUUACCAUCUCUAUUCAAAAAGCCGAGCAGCAUCUUUGCCAGACUACCAGGUUCCUGAAAUAAAGAGGAUACCUAUUGAGGAACUCUGUUUGCAGGUGAAGUUGCUCGACCCCCAACGUCAAAUAGCAGACUUUCUGCAGAAAACUUUGGAUCCUCCAGUUUAUGAAACUGUACGGAAUGGAAUCAUUGUUCUUCAGGACAUUGGUGCUUUAACUCUAGAUGAAAAACUUACAGAACUUGGGGAGAAACUGGGUGCACUUCCAGUUCAUCCAUCGACCAGCAAGAUGCUUCUGUUUUCAAUCUUGAUGAACUGUCUUGAACCUGCAUUAACUCUAGCAUGUGCAGCUGAUCACAGGGAACCAUUUGUUCUGCCCAUGGCCCCAGAAGAGAAGAAGAAAGCUGCCGCUGCAAAAGUUGAAUUAGCUUCCUUAUAUGGCGGCUAUAGUGAUCAGCUAGCAGUUGUUGCAGCUUUCGAGUGUUGGAAGCGAGCCAAAGAUAGGGGCCAAGAGUCUCAUUUCUGUACUAGGUACUUUGUUUCAUCCAACACUAUGGACAUGCUGUUUCACAUGCGUAAGCAGCUCCACACUGAACUGGUUAGGGUUGGAUUUAUUCCAGAGGACACUUCCGGUUGUAGCUUGAAUGCUCAGGAUGCAGGUAUAAUGCGGGCGGUACUCACAGCUGGUACUUAUCCAAUGGUUGGAAAACUGCUCCCACGUUGCAAACAGAAUAAAAGGGCUGUGGUGGAGACUGCUAGCGGUGCUAAAGUUCGCUUGCACCCUCAUUCCUCGAAUUUCAGUUUAUCUUUCAAUAAAUCUGGUGGCAACCCGCUUAUCAUCUAUGAUGAGGUGACUCGUGGAGAUGGAGGGAUGUACAUCAGAAAUUGCUCAUUGGUUGGGCCAUAUCCAUUGUUGUUGCUCGCAAUGGAGUUGGCAGUUGCCCCUGCCACCGUGAAUGAUGAAGACAGUGAUGAAGAUCUGGAAGCUUCUAGUGACGAGGAAGACAAAAUGGAAAAUAAUGCAUACUCUGGGGAGCAGGGAGGGGAGAUUAUGUCUUCUCCUGACAACACUGUUUCAGUUGUAGUUGAUCGGUGGCUUAAGUUCGAGUCAACUGCCCUUGAUGUUGCUCAGAUUUACUGCUUACGAGAGCGUCUCUCUGCUGCAAUGCUAUUUAAAGUGAAAAAUCCACAGGCAGUUCUACCCCCUGCACUUGGAGCAUCUAUGUACGCUAUUGCCUGCGUGCUUUCAUAUAAUGGAUUGUCCAGCGUAUCAUCCGGCGAUGAAUCUCUGGAACCCCAAGCAACAAAGCUGUACCCAGUUGACACAAACAAACCUUCUUCAGGAAGAAAAGGGUCUGCAUAUAUCCCACCUAAUGGUUUCUUAAGAUCUUUGAUGUCAGAUAACAACCGGGCAACCACUUCCCAUUCUCACAUGGGCAGAGGGCCAAUUCCUAAUGGCCCGCAACCUAAGAGAUUCCAGCAGCAAAACCCUAGGAAUGAAAGUCCAAAAACCAAAGCAGCUGCUGCUUCGAGCGGCAAUGGUGGUUUUGGCAAUGGUGGUACUCCUAAGAACAAUUCAUCUAAAAGACGAUGGCCUGGCAAGGGCUAGGAUGAUCAUUGUAUAUUAAAUAUAAUAUGCAGCUCCAAGGCUUUAUUUUUUGGUCCCUGCUGUGAUUAAGAUGUAGUAUUUACGUAGGUCCUUUUGGUUUUAUGAGGGGCAGUUGUAUAUGAUGUCUGCUUCUGGUGAAGGCGCUGAUAAAUUGAUCUAUAUCAGUCAAUCAUUUUGGCAGUAUUACAUUCAAACCCAUGGGUGGUGGUGUUCAUUGUAUACUUCAAACAAAGCAGACCUUAAUGAAAAUUUACUUUUGGCUGUAGA